CGGGCGGUGGUUCGCUCCGGAACCGCGCUCUCCGGAAGUGUUGGGGCGGCUAGAAGCACCGCUGGUUUCUGCCAGUUCCGAUUGGACCCGAGUCUCUACUGCAGCCGCCAGAAACCAAUAAUCAACAUGUCUAGCAAAAGGGCAAAGACAAAGACCGCCAAGAAGCGCCCUCAGCGCGCAACCUCCAAUGUGUUUGCAAUGUUUGAUCAGUCACAGAUUCAAGAAUUCAAAGAGGCCUUCAACAUGAUUGAUCAGAACAGAGAUGGUUUCAUUGACAAAGAAGACCUGCAUGAUAUGCUCGCUUCCCUUGGAAAGGAUCCCACUGAUGCAUACCUAGAUGCCAUGAUGAAUGAGGCUCCAGGCCCCAUUAAUUUCACUAUGUUCCUUACAAUGUUUGGUGAAAAGUUAAAUGGCACAGAUCCGGAAGAUGUAAUCAGAAAUGCUUUUGCUUGUUUUGAUGAAGAGGCAACAGGGGUCAUUCAAGAAGAUUACCUGAGAGAGUUGCUGACAACAAUGGGAGACAGGUUUACAGAUGAAGAAGUAGAUGAGCUAUACAGAGAGGCACCAAUUGACAAAAAGGGCAAUUUCAAUUACAUUGAAUUCACACGCAUCCUUAAACACGGAGCAAAAGACAAAGAUGAUUGAACAAAACUGCAGACACCUGCAGAUAACUUCUUGUUUUCACUCAUGUUUAUUUCUCAGGGUUGUUUUUUUUUUUUGUUUGUUUGUUUGCUGGUAGAACCUGUUGCAUGCAGUUUAGCUUCACAGCUUUUGCCUUUCCAUGAAUUUAUGGAUUUCAGGCCAUUAUGGCACACUUGCACCUCUGUAAUCAGACUGGAAAUGGGGGAUUUUAUUGUAGUGAAAACGAUUUGGGGAUAAAGAUCAGUGAAUGUGAAGGCCAAGAGAAAAAGACCUAUUUCUGGAUUUUUACAUUUUUAUAAUAAAUAUCAUUUUGAAAUAAAGAUUGUUAUAUAAAUAAAAUACCUCAUUAAA